UCUAUCACAACCCACGGCGCCCCUCCCCAAUGGGAGAGAAAGAGCAAGCAACUGCAGUGCUCUCUCGACUGCCAGUUGACGUUCGUAAAUGGCGACGUAUCGAUGUCGAAUGUACGUAGCGAACUGGUAAAUCGUCGUACGUGAUGACGGCUCGUCACUGAACCUCGGACGGCGAUGGGCACGCAAAAGCCGGAAGAAUGGGCGAAUUUGCUGAUCACACGUUUCGAGGAACAGUUGCCGUGCCACAGUGGCCCUCAAACUACUCAUUCUCGUAUGAAUGAAGAGAGAAACAAAAAAUGCCUAAUACAAAUUUCUCGAUAUCGUUUCUCUCUUGUAAUAUCCAGUCUUACCAAAAUACUUCAGAACGUUAAUGAAAUGGUGCCAUGUAUUGGUGGGCAACGUAUAUUUCAUAGUACAGAUCAAGAUCGGCAUUGUUAUGAAUCCAUUACCAUUAUUUUAGACACUUUGGAAAAGUGUCUUGCAAAUCAACCAAAAGAUACAGCUAAAUUCGAUGAGGCUAUGAAUGUAAAAUUUUUGCUUAAAGAGAUAUGUCAGUUUAUAGAUAUACCAAAUGAUAGUCCACAAAAUGCUCACUUAAAAAAUUUGGCAAGCAAGGUUUUGUUUGCAUUAAGUUUAAAUUUCUUUAAUGCUGUAUUUAAUAGAAUAUCAUCUAGACUUCAAGAACUAGCAAAAUGUGGAGAUGAAAAUGCUGAUUAUAGUGAUAUUGAAUUAAUUCAGCAUAUUAAUGUGGAUGUAUAUAGGCUAACAAAACUUUUAAAUGAAGCGAUACAAAAAUUCAAACAACUUAAAAAAUCAGCUCAUAUAGUUCUUAUGAAUUCUUUGGAGAAAGCAAUUUGGAAUUGGAUGGAUACUUAUUCUUACGAAUUUGCAGAUCUUCAAAAAAAAGCUAAUGAAGAUUUAGGAAAAGCUUGUGAAGAACUAUUUGAUGUCCUUGAUACAUUUGCAGACAAUAAAAAAGGAAGAGCUGCUGCUGUCUGGCCUUUACAAAUUAUGCUUCUAAUACUUUCACCAAAAGUUUUGGAGGAAAUAGUUAAUGCUGAUUUUAGUACUCUUUGUUCACCAAGGCAUUCAAAGAAAAAGCAAUUUAUUGACAGUAUUAAAAGAGGCCUAGGAAUGCACGGUAGUUCUAGUAGGCAUUUAGUGGAAGCUGCAGCAGUUACUUGUAUCAAACUUUGUAAAGCAUCAACUUAUAUUAACAAUUCAGAUUCGAAUAAUGUUAUCUUCGUACUUGUUCGACAUGUUAUGAAUGAUUUGAUGGUACUACUUUUUAAUCCAGGGAAAGUAUUUUCUCGUGGUCAAAGCUACGUUGCCCAAGACAUCGAUCUAAUGAUAGACUGCUUUGUUAGCUUCUUUCGCAUUAAACCUCAUAACAACGAAGUAUUUAAAGUCUGCUUGAAUCUGAAUUAUCCAUCGACAUACCAAUUUGUCUUGGUUAGCUCAUUAUACAAAAUUGUAACUCAACCAAGACUGCCAUGGUGGCCUCAAAUAGAUCUUCUGUAUUCUCGUAGUGCAGAACUUAGAAAUAUGUUUACUGAUAUUUUAAAUAAGGUCACACAGAGUUGCAUAUCACAUACACCGUUGCGAAUGAUUCAAAGCUUAACACUUAAAGGUAAAGAACAAAAUAAAUACAGAGAACGCGGAGAAGAAGUGUCAAGUUAUAGAAAUUUACUUUUAUGGAUGGUGAAACUUAUUCAUGCUGAUCCUAUGUUACUAUUAAAUAAUCAAGGAAAAGCUGGCCAUGAAAUUCAAAGUUCAACUUUAGAACUAAUUAAUGGUUUAGUUUCUUUAGUUCAUCAACCAACAAUGUCAGACAUUGCUCAUGAAGCAAUGGAUGCAUUGUUGAUAUUGCAUCAUCCAGAUAAAAUAAAAGCAUGGAAUCCAGAAUCACCAAUUAAUACUUUUUGGGAUGUUAGUUCACAAGUUUUGUUCUCAAUUUCCCAAAAAUUGAUUCAACAUCAAAUUGUUAAUUAUACUUGUAUUUUAAAAUGGCUUAGAGAAAUACUAAUUUGCAGAAAUGCUUUUCUGGCACAAAAUAAGGAUUAUGCUAAUGUGGGUAGCCAGAUUGCUGUUUGUAAGCAAGCACAUAUUAAACUUGAGGUUGUAUUUUUUAUGUAUUUAUGGAGUAUAAAUGUGGAAGCAGUCUUAAUAUCAAUGUCUUGUUUUGCGUUACUUUGUGAGGAAGCAGAAAUUCGUUGUGGUAGUGAUGAAGUAGCAGUAACUUGUUUACUUCCAAACUAUCAUUUAUAUCUUGAAUUGGCACAAGCUUCUACUGUGUUAAUCACUGGCUUGGGAAGAAACGUUUAGAAAUUGGGAAGUAACUUCGCGUCAGUUAGUGAAUUACCCCAAAUCUAAAACAGAAGAUAGUCAGAUAGAAUCAUUCCACCGAAGUAUGGGGAAGCGAAGAGCAUCACAUCAAAAUUCAGAACACGAAUUAGAAGAACAAAUUAACGAAUGGGCUAAUAUGACAGGAUUUCUUUGUGCUUUGGGUGGAGUAUGUUUACAAAAACGCUCUCCAAAUAGAUCAUUAUCAGGAAUGCCUCCAAAUCCAGAACUGAAAAAAAGUUCAAAACAAGAACCCACAUCUUGUUUAUCAAGUCCAAGUCAGGAAGUACAAUAUUGUACACAAUUCGUUUAUAAUUUAUUACGUCUAUUAAUUUGCAAUAAUGAAAAAUUUGGAAAUCAAAUUCAAAAACAUGUUAAAGAAUUGGUUGGCCACGAAAUGAGUCCUGCACUGUAUCCAAUUCUUUUUGAUCAAAUUAAAAGCAUAGUUGAAAAAUUUUUUAAUCAACAAGGACAAGUUAUAGUAAUGGAAGUUAAUACACAAUUCAUUGAGCAUAUAAUAUUCAUAAUGAAAAAUAUUUUGGAUUCUAAAACAGAUCAACCUUCUGAAUAUCUUGGAAUGACCAGUAUAGAAGGAAUGAUGUUAGCAAUUGUCAGAUAUGUUAGACAUUUAGACAUGACUAUACAUUCUAUUCUUAUUAAAACAAAAUUGUGCCAACUGGUUGAAGCAAUGAUGAAAAGACGAGAUGAUUUAGCAUUUCGACAGGAAAUGAAAUUUAGAAACAAACUUGUCGAAUAUUUAACUGAUUGGGUGAUGGGUGCCACUCAUCAAAUUACUCCAUCUACUAGUGGAGACUUAACUAUUUAUACGCGAGACUUGGAUCAAGCUUGUAUGGAAGCAGUUGGAGCAUUGCUACGAGGUCUGCCUCUUCAACCUGAAGAGUCUGACCGUGGUGAUUUAAUGGAAGCAAAAUCUCAAUUGUUCUUAAAGUACUUUACCCUUUUUAUGAAUUUAUUAAACGAUUGCAACGAAGCAACUAGCGAAGAUAAAGAAAUAGUGUCUCAACAACCACGUUUAACUAGUGGUAAAUUAUCUACUUUACGCAAUGCUACCAUACAAGCAAUGAGUAAUCUUCUCAGUGCAAAUAUUGAUAGUGGAUUAAUGCAUUCAUUAAGCCUAGGUUACAAUCCAGAUUUACAAACACGAGCAGCAUUCAUAGAAGUUCUUACCAAAAUUCUUCAACAAGGAACAGAGUUUGAUACAUUAGCAGAAACAGUACUGGCUGAUAGGUUUGAACAAUUGGUCCAACUGGUUACAAUGAUUAGUGACAAAGGAGAAUUACCUAUUGCAAUGGCUUUAGCUAAUGUAGUAACUACAAAUCAAAUGGACGAAUUAGCACGAGUUUUUGUGACAUUAUUUGAUGCAAAACACUUAUUAUCUUCUCUUUUAUGGAAUAUGUUUUAUCGUGAGGUUGAAGUUUCUGAUUGUAUGCAAACAUUAUUUCGAGGAAAUAGUCUUGGAAGCAAAAUUAUGGCAUUUUGCUUUAAAAUUUAUGGUGCCAGUUAUUUGCAAAAUUUAUUAGAACCUUUAAUUACUCCAUUGUUAGAUGACCCUACUACUAGUUUUGAAGUUGAUAGCGCAAGAAUAGAUGCUAAUGAAGAUAUAGAAAAAAAUGGUCGUAAUUUGAUUGCAUUAACUCAAAAAGUAUUUGAUGCUAUAGUGUCAUCAGCUGAUAGAUUUCCACCACAAUUGCGCUCUAUGUGUCAUUGCUUAUAUCAAGUACUCAGUAAAAGAUUUCCACAGUGUCCACAAAAUAAUAUUGGAGCUGUUGGAACAGUAAUAUUUCUGCGAUUUAUUAACCCAGCUAUUGUAUCUCCUCAAGAAAUGGGCAUUGUGAAUAAACCUGUACCUCCACACAUUAAAAGAGGUCUUAUGUUAAUGUCUAAAAUUCUUCAAAAUAUUGCAAAUCAUAUAGAAUUUAGUAAAGAACAACAUAUGUUAUCAUUUAAUGACUUUUUACGUGCACAUUUUGAAAUUGGGAGGAGAUUUUUUAUACAGAUAGCAUCAGAUUGUGAAACCGUUGAUCAAGCUAAUCAUCCGAUGUCAUUUGUAUCGGAUGCCAAUGUUUUAGCAUUACAUAGAUUGCUUUGGAAUCAUCAAGAACGAAUUGGCGAUUAUCUCAGCAGCAGUCGGGACCAUAAAGCAGUCGGUAGAAGACCUUUCGAUAAAAUGGCUACAUUAUUGGCUUAUCUUGGUCCUCCAGAACAUAAACCAAUAGAUUCUCAUUUAUUAUUUUCUUCAUCUUACGCUCGAUGGUCGAACAUUGACAUGUCUUCAACUAAUUUUGAAGAAAUUAUGGUAAAACAUAAUAUGCAUGAAAACGAAGAAUUUAAGAGUAUCAAAAAUUUGAAUAUUUUUUAUCAAGCAGGAACUAGUAAACAAGGAUAUCCAGUAUUUUAUUAUAUUGCCAGACGUUACAAGAUUGGCGAUACGAAUGGUGAUCUGCUAAUAUAUCAUGUUAUUCUUACUCUAAAACCAUUCUGCCAUUCUCCAUUUGAAUUGGUUGUUGAUUUUACUCACACAUGUUCAGACAAUCGAUUUAGAACUGAAUUCCUACAGAAAUGGUUUUAUGUAUUGCCUAAAGUUGCCUAUGAAAAUAUUCAUGCCGCAUAUAUUUAUAAUUGUAAUAGUUGGGUCAGAGAAUAUACAAAGUUCCAUGACAGAAUUUUGGCACCAUUAAAAGGUAAUAGAAAGAUAGUUUUCAUCGAUGGACCGGGUCGUUUAAAUGAUGUAAUCGAUAUCGAUCAACAAAAAUUGCCUGGAGCUACAUUAUCUCUUGAUGAAGAUUUAAAAGUUUUUAAUAGCGUUUUGAAACUUUCUCAUAAAGACACUAAGGUAUCCGUAAAAGUCGGACCAACUGCUAUACAAAUUACCUCGGCGGAGAAAUGCAAAGUAUUAUCGCAUUCUGUUCUCUUAAAUGAUGUUUAUUAUGCAUCUGAAAUAGAAGAAGUUUGUUUAGUAGAUGACAAUCAAUUUACAUUGACUAUUUCAAAUGAAACUGGCCCAUUAUCUUUUAUUCAUCAAGACUGUGAUAAUAUUGUACAGGCUAUAAUUCAUAUAAGAAAUCGAUGGGAAUUAUCACAACCAGAAUCUGUGUCUAUUCAUCCAAAAAUAAGACCUAAAGAUGUACCUGGAACGUUAUUAAACAUGGCGUUAUUAAAUCUUGGUAGUUCGGAUCCAAAUUUACGAACAGCAGCAUACAAUCAGUUGUGUGCUUUAACUGCAACUUUCGAUUUAAAAAUUGAAGGACAACUUUUGGAAACAUCUGGACUUUGCAUACCAUCAAAUAAUACUAUAUUUAUCAAACAUUUAAGUGAAACUUUGGCUACAAAUGAUCCACAUCUUACACUGGAAUUUCUAGAAGAAUGUAUACAAGGUUUCAGAUUGUCAAGCAUCGAAUUGAAACAUCUUUGUUUAGAAUAUAUGACUCCAUGGUUAAAUAAUCUUCUACGAUUUUAUAAAACGAAUGACGAAGGAGGGAAACGUCAGAAGCAAGUUACAAAAAUUUUAGAAAAAUUAAUUACAUUAACUAUCGAAGAAGUGGAAAUGUAUCCAAGUAUACAGGCUAAAAUAUGGAGCACAAUUGGAGGAUUACCAGAGUUAAUAGAUACAGUCUUGGAUAAUUUUAUUCAACGUAGUGUUAGUUUUGGACUUGGUUCUCCAACAGUUGAAAUAAUGGCAGAUACUGCUGUAGCAUUGGCUUCUGGAAAUGUUCAAUUAGUAGCAAAAAAAGUAAUAGGAAGACUUUGUCGAGUUGUUGACAAAACAUGUACUUCUCCGACGCCAUUAUUAGAACAACAUACAAGAUGGGAUGACAUCGCUAUCCUAGCAAGAUACUUAUUAAUGUUAUCUUUUAAUAACUGUUUGGAUGUAGGAAAACAUUUACCAUAUUUGUUUCAUACAGUCACGUUUCUAGUUUGUUCUGGAAGCCUGAGUAUGCGUGCUUCUACUCAUGGUUUGGUUAUCAAUAGCAUUCAUUCACUAUGCACCUGUAGCUCCCCUUCCUUUUCAGAAGAUACUUAUCGAAUAUUACGAAUGAGUUUAGAUGAAUUUUCUCUCCCAAAAUUUUAUUUACUUUUCGGAAUUAGUAAAGUGAAAUCUGCUGCGGGUACAGCAUUUAGAUCUAGUUAUAAGCAUUCGAAUGAGAAAUGGUUUAACAACGAGCGCAGUGUUACAGGAACACACGAUAAAGAAAGACUUUUGUUAACCAGUUUAGAAAUUAUUACGGAUGCUCUUCUUGAAAUUAUGGAAGCUUGUAUGCGGGAUAUUCCACAGUGUGAUUGGCUACAAACUUGGACUUCUUUAGCAAGAAAUUUUGCAUUCUAUUUUAAUCCCGCUCUUCAACCUAGAGCUUUGAUUGUUUUCGGGUGCAUUAGUAAAAGCAUAACCGAUCAAGAUAUGAAACAAUUACUAAGAAUAUUAGUGAAAGCGCUUGAGAGUUUUAACGAUAUUACUUUGUUGGAAGCAAUCAUUAUGUGUCUCACUCGGUUACAACCAUUACUUAGACCUGAAUCUCCCAUACAUCGAUACUUAUUUUGGGUCGCAACAUCAAUUCUUCAAUUAGACGAGGCUUCUUUAUAUGCAUGUGGUUUAGCACUUCUUGAGCAAAAUUUGCAUACUUUGGAUUCUCAAGGAACAUUUGACGAUAAAACUUUGGAGCAUGUUAUGAUGUUAACACGCGAACCUUUAGAAUGGCAUUUUAAACAAUUAGAUAAUGCUGUGGGACUUUCAUUUAAAUCAAACUUUCAUUUUGCUUUGGUUGGUCAUCUAUUAAAAGGAUAUAGACAUCCUACACCUACAACUGUUACAAGAACAGCUAGAGUAUUGACUAUGCUAUUAGGCAUUGUUGCUAAACCAUUUAGAAGGGACAAAUUUGAAGUCACGCCAGAAAGUGUGGCAUACUUAUCUGCGUUAGUAUCUGUAUCCGAGGAAGUGCGAAGUCGAUGCCAUAUUAGACAUGCCGUUACUAAAAAUGCAGAAUCUGGGAGCACAGAUUGCCUUGAUAUUUUGCUUCCACAUAAUACAGAUACGUCUAAUGCAACAUCAAAUAAUCCUACCAAUCGCCGACAAAAAUCGUGGGAUCUUCUUGAUCAGUCUGCACUCACUCAAGCUAAACAACAGAAACAAUAUUCAACUCAUCAGAAUCGAAGUGCCAGAGUAAGCGUUAGCAACGAAAACAAUGUAUUGCUCGAUCCAGAAGUACUGACCGAUUUCUCAACCCAAACUUUGGUUUUAACUGUUCUGGUCACUUUGGUUAAAAAUUCAACUGAUGAAAACGAGCAGCGGAUUCUUUACGAAUAUCUUGCGGAAGCUUCAGUGGUGUUUCCAAAAGUUUUUCCAGUAAUCCAUAAUUUACUCGAUGCAAAAAUAAAUAGUGUAUUAUCUUUUUGCCAUGACCAAGAAAUAUUGAAUUCUGUACAAGCAAUCAUACAAAACAUGAUUGCAUGUGAGGAUGCAAGCCAACAACAGUUACAUUAUUUACAAAGUUGUGGAUUUGGUGGGUUGUGGAGAUUUGCAGGACCAUUCACAAAUUCUAAUUGCACAGCUGAAAGCGCUCAAUUAUUUGUUAAUUGCUUGGAAGCCAUGGUGGAAACGUGUUUACCGGUAGACGAACCUGAAAUAUUAAGUAAUAAUGAAAAUUCAAAUGAAAGAUAUAAACGAUCUGACGGUCAUCAACCAGAAAUUGUACAAAUUAGCAAAUCUUAUGGAACUGAUCGGACAAGUUCCCGUGCUUUUCCGGAAAGAAUGGAGGAAACUUCUCGGAGUAGUUCUUCUUUUAUUCAUAAAGAGUAAGUGAAUAAUAAUAAUUGAUUAUUAUUUUAAUUUCUUUAGGCAAAUAUACCAGAAGAUACAGAAGAAUAAAAAUAAAACAGGAAAAUAUGAAAAUAUACACAUAUGUAAAAUAUAA